AUGGUUGAGGAUCCAAAGAGGAAGUCACUCAAUGUUCUUGCUGUCCUUUUGCUGUUCAGCUCAGCACAAGCAGGAAAUAAAGACAUUCUCUCAGGGCAUCACUGCACUGACUUCCAGACAGCAAAUUUCCUACGAGGCAGUAAACUUAAGGUCCGGUUUCUGCUGUUCACCUCCUCAAGCCCCAGCUGUGGGGAGCUGAUUUUAGUUGAUGAUGACAUCAAGAACUCCAGCUUCAACAGCAGCCUGGAAACCAAGAUAAUAAUCCAUGGCUUCAGGGCUUUGGGUACCAAACCUUCCUGGACUGAAGGGCUUGUCCAUGCCAUACUGCACACAAGCCAGGUGAACGUGAUUGCAGUAGACUGGGUUUAUGGGUCUACAGGAACCUAUCCCUCCGCAGUGGAAAAUGUCACACGGCUGGCCCUCUCCGUCUCACAGUUCAUCAGCAAGCUCCUGGCCCUGGGAGUCUCAAGGACAUCCAUCCACAUCAUUGGAGUAAGCCUUGGGGCACAUGUUGCGGGUCUGGUGGGACACUUCCAUGACGGUCAGCUGGGACACAUAACAGGCCUGGAUCCUGCAGGCCCUCAGUACACCAGAGCCAGCCCUGAGGAACGCCUGGAUCCUGGGGAUGCCCUCUUUGUGGAAGCCAUUCAUACUGAUACUGACAAUUUUGGGAUCCGGAUUCCUGUAGGCCACAUCGAUUAUUUCGUCAAUGGAGGCAAAGAUCAGCCAGGAUGCCCCCGGUUUAUCUCUGCAGGCUACAAGUAUCUGAUCUGUGAUCACAUGAGGGCAGUACAUCUCUAUGUCAGUGCCUUGAAAUAUUCUUGUCCACUUGUGGCGUUCCCUUGUGCAAGUCAUCAGGAUUUUUUACACGGACAUUGCCUGGACUGUGUUGAUCCCUUCCUGUUCUCCUGUCCCAGAAUAGGCCUGCUGGAGCAGGCAGGUGUCAACAUGAGAAAGCUGCCCAAGGAAGUGAAAGUUUAUUUAAUGACCAGCCCCUCAGCCCCAUUCUGUGUCUAUCACAGCCUGGUUGAGUUCCACUUGCAGAAGAAAAGAAAUGUAGUCACCAACAUUGAGAUCACUUUCUGCAGCAACAGCACCAAGGACACCACGAAGAUCGCCAUACCUAAGCAACAGGAGAUGGGCAAACGGCUGCUGGCCCACAGAGUUCCCCUCUGCCAGAUAAACAGCGUGACACUGAAGUAUCUUCCCAAGAAUCGAUUUUGGAGGAAGGAUGAAUCAUCUAUUUUUGGCAGGUUCUGUGCAGCCUCACUGCCUCUUGACAGCAACAGGACAACGUCAUGCCUGCCCUGGAACCUUACCCUCCCCAGCAACACAGACAUCUCCUACGAGCUCCCCACUGCUUGUGCCUAG